GGACAGAUAGCUUCCUAGUUUGACUUCACACUUGACAAUUGCAUUGGUCCUAACAAGAAAGAUAGAAAGCAAUCUCAGCCUCAAGGAUAAACGGGCAGCUGGAGGUGCUGUUCUGAAAGCUCUCUUGUUGACCUUGUUCAUGGCUAGCUCUUGGUCACAGUGUCCUCCUUUUGAGUUUUCAAGCAAGUACUACCACGUGGCAGGAGAUGGUGGUGGCUGUGUGAGGCAAACCAGCUUCUUUGGAGGCAAACCCGUGCUCAAUCAGGGCGUUGGUUAUUCUGUGAUUCUUGGCUUUGGAGCCUUCUUUGCUGUCUUCACAUCUUUCCUGGUGUGGCUGGAGAAGCGAUAUGUCGGUUCCAAGCACACAUCUGAAUGGUUCAACACUGCAGGAAGAAAUGUUAAAACAGGACUCAUUGCCAGUGUGAUUGUAUCCCAGUGGACUUGGGCUGCCACAAUCUUGCAAAGUUCAAAUGUUGCUUGGGAGUAUGGAGUAAGUGGACCUUUUUGGUAUGCUAGCGGGGCUACAAUUCAGGUACUCUUGUUUGGUAUAAUAGCUAUAGAGAUCAAGAGAAAGGCUCCUCACGCUCACACUGUUUGCGAAAUAGUGAAAGCUCGCUGGGGCACAGCAGCACACAUUGUCUUCCUCAGUUUCUGCUUUUUGACAAACAUUAUUGUAACUGCAAUGCUGCUGCUCGGAGGUUCAGCUGUGGUAAAUGCACUUACCGGUGUAAACAUCUAUGCUGCUAGCUUCCUGAUACCUCUUGGAGUAAUUGUCUACACAUUAGCUGGAGGACUAAAAGCUACCUUCUUGGCAAGCUACAUACAUUCUGUUAUAGUUCAUGUGGUACUAGUCAUAUUCGUUUACCUUGUAUACAUUGCAAGCAGUGAGCUCGGUAGCCCUAGCAUCGUGUACAACCGUCUGGUAGAGUUAGCGAGUAAAUCAAGGAUUUGUAAGGAGCCUGUUUCUCAUCAUGGACAGUCUUGUGGUCCUGCUAGUGGGAAUUAUAAAGGGUCGUACCUAACAAUGUUAAGUUCUGGAGGGCUAGUGUUUGGGAUUAUCAACAUAGUCGGAAACUUUGGCACUGUUUUUGUUGAUAAUGGAUACUGGGUAAGUGCAAUAGCUGCACGGCCUUCAUCAACGCAUAAGGGCUACCUGCUAGGUGGACUUGUCUGGUUUGCGGUCCCAUUCUCAUUGGCAACAUCAUUGGGACUGGGAGCACUGGCACUUGAUCUACCAGUUACAGAAAGUGAAGCAAGUCGCGGACUUGUUCCUCCUGCCACAGCUAUAGCUUUGAUGGGAAAAGGAGGAUCUGUGCUUCUUCUUACUAUGCUUUUCAUGGCAGUGACAUCAGCUGGUUCUUCAGAGCUUAUAGCAGUAUCCUCAUUAUGCACAUACGAUAUCUACCGUACAUACAUAAACCCGGAUGCAAGCGGGAAGAAAAUCCUCCAGGUAUCAAGGGGUGUCAUCCUUGCUUUUGGAUGCUUUAUGGGGAUGUUAGCAGUAAUACUAAACAAGGCUGGAGUUUCAUUGGGUUGGAUGUAUCUGGCCAUGGGAGUGCUCAUUGGUUCAGCAGUUAUUCCCAUUGCGUUUAUGCUUCUAUGGAGAAAGGCAAAUGCAAUUGGUGCAAUUCUAGGAGCAACUGUUGGCUGUGUUCUUGGGAUCAUCACUUGGCUAUCUGUUACAAAAAUCGAGUAUGGCCGCGUAAAUCUUGACACAACUGGUCGAAACGCGCCGAUGCUUGCUGGAAACCUUGUCUCUAUACUUACUGGUGGAGCCAUACAUGCUAUCUGCAGCUUCUUGUCACCACAAAACUAUGAUUGGGGCACCACUAAGAAGAUCACUGUGGUUGAGAAAGAAAAGAGUGAUCUACCAGCAGAAGAGUACAAGGAGGAAAAAUUGUUGAGAGCAAAGGCAUGGAUUGUGAAAUGGGGUGUUGGCUUUACUGUGGUCAUUGUUUUAUUGUGGCCUCUUCUCACUCUUCCAGCAGGGGAUUUCAGUUUAGGGUACUUCACAUUCUGGGCAGUCAUUGCAAUAGCAUGGGGUACGAUAGGUUCAAUUGCAAUCAUUGCAUUACCGAUAGUAGAAAGCUGGGCAACGAUCAAGAGUGUCAUUCUCGGCAUGUUUACAAAUGACAGACUCAUGGAAAAGGUCGAGGAAAUGAAUUUGAGGCUGCACACAAUCAUGCUGGCUAUACCUGACUCAGAGAAGAUUUACUUGCUUGAGAAAGAGAAGGCUAAAAGGAAAGAAGCAUCAGAGCAAGAAACCUCUUUUUCUGCUGCAGGACAAGCAUGAGACUUGGUCAGCGGUUGAAGACUACAUAUAGUGGCAAUCAAAUUGGCUUUAAGGUAACCAAACAUAUGAAUGUGCUUUUUCUGGGGAUAAUGCUUGGGGUACUGAGGAUCAAUGUUGAGCCUCUUAACUCCUUUCCGCAUUUGUGAAGAAUUUAAUCAAACUGUAAUCUUUGACAACAACAAAAUCAAACUGUAAUGAAGAAUUGUAUUAUCAAGCAACAGCUUUUGAAGUUCACUGCAUGAAGUGGAUGAAUUGGUAUCA